UUCCGCGCGCGAGCUGACCGUCAAAAGCAGCGCGAGCGCGCGGCGGCGGAAGCACAGCGCGGACGCGGAGCCCCGGAGAAGUUGGCGCCCGGCCGGAGGCGACUUUUUUGUGCGCGCGGACCACGGACGCGGUGCGGAGCCGGGUCCGGAGGCUGCGGACCUGGACCCCGACGGUGCGGCGAGACACCACAGCUGCCCGGAAUGAAAUCUGCGUCGAGGGCACGAUUUUAGGCGCAGAGGUGUUGCUGCUGGCAGACCAGAGGCCGUGUUUUUGCCUUCCCGUUGGACCACUGUCGUCGGGCAGCUGCUCUUUCAAUGUGGGAUACAGUUCUCGUGCGUUCGCCAGGCUGAAAUCCUCCAGGGUCAGGACCUCCCUCAUGGCGGCCUUACUCCUCGGGCUGCUGCUCUUCGCGGUGCAGUCUCCCCCCGUCCCCUCCAGGCCCGUGACCGACGGGGGCCCCCCUUGGCCUCCCACCGCGAUGCCUAGCGACAGCGGGCCCACCGGCCACCCCAACGGGACCCUUCAGCAGCUCCCCCACAUCAUCAUUAUCGGCGUGAGGAAGGGGGGCACGCGGGCGCUGAUCGAGAUGCUCAGCCUGCACAGCGCGGUGGCAGCGGCGCAGAACGAGGUGCACUUCUUCGACUGGGAGAGUCACUUUCAGAAGGGCUUGCCUUGGUACCUCAGCCAGAUGCCCUACGCCUUCCCCGAGCAGCUGACGGUGGAGAAGACGCCGGCGUACUUCACCUCGGGCAAGGUGCCCAAGCGCAUCCACCAGAUAAACCCCGACAUUAAGCUGCUGCUCAUCCUCAGAGACCCCACGGAGCGCGUGCUCUCCGACUACACCCAGGUCUUCUACAACCGCCUCCAGAAGCACAAGCACUACCAGCCCAUCGAGUCGGUGCUGGUGAAGGACGGCAAGAUCAACCUGGGCUACAAGGCUCUGAACCGCAGCCUGUACCACGUCCACAUGCAGAACUGGCUGCAGUACUUCCCCCUGGGGAGCAUUCACGUCGUGGACGGGGACGAGUUGAUCCGAGACCCCUUCCCCGAGAUGAAAAAGGUGGAGCGCUUCCUAAAGCUGGAGCCGCAGAUAAACGCCUCGAAUUUUUACUUCAACAAAACGAAAGGAUUCUACUGUUUGCGAGACCACGGGCGGGAAAGGUGUUUACACGACUCCAAGGGCCGAGCGCACCCUCACGUGGCUCCUGCCAUCCUGCAGGAACUCUACCAGUUCUUUCACGAACCCAACAAGAAGUUCUUUGAGCUGGUGGGUCGAACAUUCGACUGGAAGUGAACGGGCCCCGGCAGCUCGGCGUCGAGUUUCUUGGGGACAAGUUUUCCUCACUAACGAUGUAGAUGAAGGGAGUAAAGUCUCAUGUACAGUCAAACUAAGUCUAUUUUUGUACUGGUGCAUUUGGGAGCGUGAUGGAGCCAAAUAACAGAGCAGACUGCAGCGAAAGACAUGCUCAGCUAUUGCACGUCUGCUUUUUCCUUCUCAACCACUCACUCUCCCGUACGUUCCGCACCAUUAGAAGCGCUCGCUGCUGAUCCAAGACGCUGGCGUGUUGCAUAAAGUCAGGUGCCAGACACUUCAUUACGGCCGUACCUUCAUGUAACGGGACAUUAUUAACGUCUAACUGCGUAUAGAGCCCUGACCGGACCUUUUACCUGCUGCUAUUAUUUUUCUUAGCCACUUUCAAGCACACAGGAUACAGGAAAUGUAUUUGUCCUUUAUGUUAGUCAGAUGAGUCAUUUCUAUAAAUGCUCUGUGCACAUCAUAUAUAUGUUGUAAAAAGAGGUUUUUAAUUGAGAAAUUAAUACCGUAAUAAAAAUGUAUUUUAUUUUUA